AUGGAGGUAGCGGACCGUUCCCAGCAGUACACCUGGUUCACAGACCCAACUCUCCCAAGACACACGAUCUACAGCCCCUCACCACCACUGCCAGAUACACUCACUCUCCCGGUCCUCGUCUUCGCCGAAGGUGGCUGCGAGAACAACGGGACCAAAUUCGAGCCGUUCCUUACGAAUAUCGCCUCGUACGGAUUCAUUGUCCUAGCUCUCGGGCCACCCAACGGCACGGGAAAGAUAUUCCAAGACGCAAUAGACGAAGCCGUAUCGUGGAUCAAACAUCGGGGUGGCAAGCGGGGGAGUCCGUAUGAGAAGGUCGACAGCUCUAGGAUUGCGGCCGCAGGCCAGAGCUGCGGUGGACUGUUGGCUUACACGCAGCGCAGCAACGACGCGGUUGGCUUUUUGGGAAUUUUCAACUCUGGACUGUUGGGAAAUACAACUGAUGCACAGGAGAAUCUGCCUAGCGGGAUGAUUAUCGAGGAGCCGGGGGUUAUAAAGGAGGUUCAGAAGCCUGUUUUCUAUUAUAUUGGCGGUCAGGGAGAUGUUGCAUACCCCGCUGCUACAGCAGACUAUAGAAAUCUGACUGGUGUCCCGAAGUGGAUUGGGAACUACCCUGUCGGACACUCUGGGACGUAUAGGGAACCUGACGGCGGGGAGUUUGGAGUGGCUGCUGUGAAGUGGUUAGAGUGGGUGCUCAAGGGAGACCAAGAAGCCUCAAGAUUCUUCGUUGGUGGUGGAGCUGAGAGUGCCGGAUGGGUUGGCACCGACAGCUGGGGGCUCGAGGAGAUGGACCUGUAUCUCGAGAGUUGA